AGGAGACCCGGGCACGCCAAGAGAGCGACGGGUUGCGCAGGAGGCACGCCAGCCCUCUCGCUUUCCUCGGUCAGCUCAGCGCAAGCCUCGCUCGCCCGCAAGUUUGCUGGAAAAUCCUGGCCUUGCAGUAAGGCAGCUGACUCUCGUUUCCAGUGCAACUACAAAACUUGGAAAUGGCCUCUAUGUCAGGCACUUUUGUAGGUCGAAGCAUACCAGUUGAAGUGGAUGAAUCCAUGCCAUGGUCCCCACUUCCAGAACAUGUCUUGGAAAAGGCUUUGCAGCCUUCUGGAGAGGAUACGGAGGAUGAGGAGUCCCAGAGGCCGUGUGUUGCUCAAACGUCUCAGCCUGUGGCCGAUCCAUCAUGCCUCUGCAGAGCACCAGCACGUCAUCAGUCAGCACCAUCCGUGGAGGCGGACAGAAGCUUGUGGUCAAGAUAUACUGAUCCUGAUGGAGACGGACACUUCUGUUCCCCCGGUGAAUCAAUAGCUGUAGUAGUUCCCUCCAAGAUGCAUCUUGUAGCUAUGGACAAACCAGGCAUGCAGCCAAGAUCACAGCUUUCAGCUGACACCGGGCACAACUCCAGUAAAUCAGAGCAGAGCUUGUCUGAUGCUCCCAAGGACUCACUGGAGGAAAGCGGCCAAGGGAGUUCACGGUCACAGCAACCCUCAGGAAAAAGACCCCCAGCAGAGCUGGGGACCGUGGACACAGGCUACAACUCCCAGUCACGAGACGUCAUGGGCAUCAAGCACCUGGAGCCCCCCUUACCGCUGGUGUCUGUGCUGAACCCCCAGGACCUCCCAGGACCACUGAUCUCCAGAGAGUUUUUCGGACCUGAGCAUCAGCAGUGCCCUAUGUGCCAGCACUUGCCCCAUCCCAAUGCCUCCUCGCAAGCCCACGGCUGCUUUGGGCACCGCUGCCCGGCAGAGCAGCACCCCCAGGGCCCAUAUGGCAGAGCUCCUUACCAACAUUUUGCACACACGUCGCAACCGUUUCCUCCUGUUCCUGGACCUUGCAUGAGAGUUAUCCACCCAGCCCAGCAAGUCAUCCCAAAUUACUCAAACCUUCGUGCUCCCAAGGGCACCGGAGACCGACCACCCCAGAGGACAUGCUCCUCCCCUGGUCCUCCUCGAUUCCCAAACCAGCUAUACAACCAGCUACCUAAUGGUCAGCUGCCCCCCAAGGCAUGCGGCCCAGAUGAAGCAUGCUGCUGUCCUUCUGACAAUUUGCCCUCUCCAGCUGCCGUCCCGAGACCUCUCAGUAACCCUGCAGCCAAGGGAACUCUGAGAACCAGCAAUUUGCCGGAGGAGUUGCGCAAGGUCUUUAUAACCUAUUCGGUGGAUGCAGCGGUGGAGGUCAUGAAAUUUGUGAACUUCCUGCUUGUAAAUGGAUUUCAAACUGCUAUUGAUAUAUUUGAAGACACGGUACGAGGUAUUGACAUCAUUAAGUGGAUGGAGCGCUACCUAGGUGAUAAGACGGUGAUGAUAAUCAUAGCAAUCAGUCCAAAAUACAAACAGGAUGUGGAAGGGGCUGAAUCCCAGCUGGACAGGGAUGAACACGGCUUACAUACUAAAUACAUCCACAGGAUGAUGCAGAUCGAGUUUAUACAACAAGGAAGUAUGAACUUCAGAUUCAUCCCUGUGCUUUUUCCAAAUGCCAAAAAGGAACACGUGCCUACCUGGCUGCAGAACACUCACAUUUAUAACUGGCCAAAGAAUAAGAAGAACAUCCUUUUGCGGUUACUGAGGGAGGAGGAAUACGUUGCUCCUCCAGUAGGACCUUUACCAACACUCCAGGUUGUGCCAUUAUGAACGUUAUUACUUACAGUGCACGACAAGCAGUUGUUAAAGGGUUGUUCUUGGCAGAGAGCCAAGGCUCUUCCAGAUGGCUCUUUUUGAUGACAGAAGACACUCUUUCUGCAAAAGGAAUUGGUUGUCUUGGGUAACUCAGGCUCAACUUGUUCUCUACCAUGUUAAACAUCUACUUCUGAAGCUGAUGGGACAGAACUCUUUUCUCUAGAUUUUUAAAUAAGCUGCAAAUGGAAAGAAUGCCCAGUUUUAUUUUAACAUCUGUUUUUAACAUAUUCCUUUAUUAGUUGAUAUAGCAAACAAAUACCAGAAAUAAUGUUGC